AUCAAAGGAAAAGCGCAAAAUCGCAUUGCUAUUCAUCUAAUAAUCAUAUACUUGAACAGGAUAUAACUUUUAACAAAGUGAAUAUCACUUAUAAAUGAGUGAAUAUUAAAAAGUGAAAAGAGUACCCAAAAACUAACAAUGGAAAGAGCUCAAGCUUUUAUGGAGAACUUCAUAGGCAACUGGAAUGGAGAUUUUCCAAACUAUCCUCUAACAGCUGAGGAUCUGAAGAAACCUCAUGCUGUGAUGGGAGCUCUUCUACAAGUACUUGAUAGACUGGGUAUUGAUACAGAUGUCGUUCUUGCUCCUCCACCGAAAGAAGACCGCAACGAAAACACAAUAUACUAUUGGGAUCUGCUUCCCGUAAUCAACAUGACACGUGUGAUCAACCACUUAGUGUCUGUAAUGCCGCAAGUAGAGGCUACAAUCAGUAUCGUACACUUCCUACAACCGACAGCAACUACGUCACACUCCAUUCUGUUGUUGCUGUUCAACCUGAUGGUGUUCAAUGAGGAAAAAAUGAGGAAUAUUGCACCAUAUGAAGAAGAGUUGUUUGCAAAGACUGGUGAGGUAAAAGCUUUGGAGGAAAAGAAGAACAGAUUGCUGGAAAUGCUGAAUGAACAGGCUGAAGAAAAGGGAAAAAGAGCUGGAAGACUGGAAAAGCUUGACCAUGACAUUAAAAUGUUUGAAGAAGAAUUAAAGCAAGAGAAAGAGAUUCAUGAUGAAGAAAAAUUAGAGUUGGAAGCUAUACAGAAGGAGAAUAAGCAGACUGAGAUGAUUAUAGAACAAAAGAAAAGUCAUAGGGAUGCGCUGAUGGCCGAAGUUGCCAGGAAAAGGGCUCUUAGAGUAUAUGAUGCCGAUGACAUCAAAGCUCAAGCAGAACAGGCCACGCAAAACCUUCAGGAGUUGGAGGAGAAACUGGAUUCCCUUCGAGCUAUAUUGAUGCAGAAGGAAAAUAGCCUCAAAAACCUGCAGACCAUCAAACCUAACCUGGACUCUGCAAAUAAUCUGUUGCAUGAGAUCAUGAAGCUUUCUGAUAGUUUGAAGGACUUUGAGAACGGCGACCUAGACACAGAUAGUAAGGAGGGAGAGCUGGAUGUCCUGAACACUGAGCUGGGAGAGUUACAGGCGCAGCUGUCGGAACUGCAGGCUGCGAGAGACGAGGCGGCGAGGAAGAGGGCAGAGAGUCAGGCCAAGAGGCAACAGGAGAGGACUGUAGCGCAUAGUUCGUUACGAGAGGCUGAAGAAAAAGACAAGAAGCUUCGAGAACGAUCAAAGAAGGCGCUGCAAAGGACAGAGGAAAUCAAAGAGUUGACGACUAAAUAUGAAAAUGAGAAGACAGCUGGCAUUGAACAGUUGGCGACGAUUAAGAACAACUUCUGUUCUGAGCUUAAAUCCAUGGAAGAAUUAUUAUUAAAGAAGGUCGUGGAAGCCGAGAAGAAAGUGGAAGAAAAGUUAAAGAAUAGACAUGUAUAAGUUUACCU